UUUGCUAAUGGAUUAUUGUGCACGUUUCUUUCCUGUAUACAAUAUCACGACUCUAACAGUUUUAUACGGUUUGCAUUAACGGGAACUUUUCUCUCUUUUUUUUCUAUGGAAAUGUAUUUUAUUGAAUGUUACAUUGUGUUCACGGUUAUUGAUCGGCGUGAUUAAGUUGUCACGGGCUGUUUUUUUUUCUUUAAAGGAUCUCAGCUUUCAUACAAUAAUUUAUAUAUACGAUUUACCUUUUACGAAUAAAAUUUAUUUCGCGAGACGAUUCAAGUUUGUUUGGAUCGCAGCUGAUAACGAAAAUCGAUAGACUCAAAAUAUGACUAAAUAAUACAAAUACCUUCCAUAAUGUUGACCACUAAUGUAAUAUUGGUGUACCCGGAACGUACUGGGGAUGGACUUAUUUUGCGUAUUUCUAAUUUACUGUUGUUAGUGUAAGCUUGUUAUUCGUUGCGUUUGGAGAUUAAAAAAAUCACAAGACAGAAAUUGAGGAUAAAAUAUGCCAGGGACAUCGGAUAGUGUUAAAGUAGCUGUGAGGGUCCGACCCUUUAAUCAGAGAGAGAAGAAUGCAUCCUCGAAAUGUAUAUUGUCAAUGAAGGACAAAUCUACUACAAUAAAGAACCCGGAUACAGGCGAAACAAAGACAUUUGCAUAUGACCACUCCUACUGGUCACAUGACGGCUACACGGAGACACCUGGCGGCAUUUAUGAACAAGACUCACCUGAUAGCCAAUAUACCGAUCAGAAAUGUUUGUUUAGAGACCUUGGGCAAGGUGUACUAGACAACGCCUGGCAGGGCUAUAAUGCCGCCCUUUUUGCAUACGGACAAACGGGGUCAGGUAAAAGCUACUCUAUGAUUGGAUACGGACCAAAUAAAGGCAUCGUUCCAAUCACGUGUGAGGAAUUGUUCAAGGUCAUAGAGACUAAUAAAGAUGAGAAAAAACAGUUACGAGUAUUUUUCAGUAUGUUGGAGAUUUAUAAUGAACAAGUUCGAGAUCUCCUUUUGAAAGGCAAACCGCCUCACGGAGGCCUCAAGAUAAGACAGAAUCCAAAGUUAGGGUUCUAUGUUGAAGGGUUAAAGCAAGUACCGGUCAGAAGUUACAAGGAGAUAGAGAAAUUUGUCAUUAUUGGAGAAAGCGGACAAAGUAACACCCGUAGUAGUGAUAUAAAUCUAGUAGACUUGGCCGGUUCUGAAAGAGCUGAUUCCACUGGGGCAACAGGUGAUAGGUUAAAGGAAGGGUCCGCUAUCAACCAGAGUUUGUCAACACUCGGAAAUGUGAUAAGUGCCCUAGCUGAUGUAGCAAUGGGAAAGAAGAAAGUUUUAGUACCGUAUAGAGAUUCUGUCCUCACUAAACUGUUACAGUCUGCACUGGGAGGUAACAGUAGAACUAUUAUGAUUGCAGCCCUCAGUCCUGCUGAUAUAAAUUAUGAUGAAACAUUAUCAACAAUGCGAUAUGCGGACAGAGCAAAGAAAAUCCAGAAUAAGGCGAUAGUAAAUGAAAGUCCGACAGACCGUCUCAUACGAGAGUUGAAGGAAGAGAACGCUCGGCUGAUGGCAAUGCUGAAAAAACAUGGCACUGGCGACACAACAGAGAUUCAAAGCAUGUUGGCUGACAAUCAAAGAAAAAUGGUUGACAUGCAAAUGUCCUGGCAACAACGGCUGGAACAAGCAAAACAAGAAUGGGAAAAGUCUCACCAUCUAGAUGAAAGUAUGUUGGAUACAACAUGGAUGAAACAUCCUUACAUAACAAAUGUGAACGAGGAUCCACAACUUUCAGGAGUUAUCAAACAUUGUUUUUGUAACAAAAGUACAUUGGUUGGUAGGUCGGGGACAGAAGAUGCAAUACAAUUACGAGGGCUUGGAAUUGAGCCGGAGCAUGUUGAGGUGUUAACGGACGGUACUAAGGCGUUUAUUAGACCGUGCACGGCGACGGCUGCUGUCUACGUCAAUGGUAUCAAGGUGCACGAGCAAACACAACUUAACCAUCAGGACAGACUGAAGUUUGGUUCAGCUAGUAUGUUUCUAUAUAUCGGCUAUCCUGAUGAACGAAAGAACGGCAACUCACCGUUUGCAUACAACUAUGAUAAUUUCAUGCUAGAACUUGCCGAGCAUGCCGGCGCGUCUGUUGACAUAGCAACACCCCGAGAUACUCACCAUAUUGAUGACUUGUCCCAUAGAGUUCUCUUUCAGGACUUUGUCGAUCUUCUACCAAAACUUGCCGAGGCUAAUGCAAUAAGUGAGGAACUCAAACGUCAUACAAAGUUUGAAGCGGUUGUUCGAAGUGAAGCUAGUCAUGAUCCAAAGGGGACAGCAGCUGGAAAGGAAGUCAUCAUCAAAGUUACAAAUAACCAAACGAAAAAAGUUUGGGUAUGGUCCAUGAAUAAGUUUUAUAACCGUAAAGAUUUAAUGGACGAGUUAUAUUUGAAGUGGCUUGACGGUGAUAAUGUAAUUACAACGCGGGACAAAGACCCAUUUUGGGAUCCUGUGGAGGACAUAUUCCUUGGAAGUUGCCAUAUAAUGUUACAAAGUAUUGCUUACUGCGCUGAAGUAGAUGAACAUUUUACCAUUCAUAACUACCACGGAAAAGAGGAGGCUGUCGUGCAUGUGCAAUUGAUACCAUGUGAUGAUAAAGGACAUGCAUUAGAGGACGAUGUUGUAAUGGAACCAAAAGAUCUUCUUAACAAAACAUUAAAUUUCUCGUGUGUUGUGUCACAGUGUAUGAGUGUUAGAUGGAUUAAUGAAGAUCAUUUUCGCGGUGUUGAAUGCAGGUUUACUUUACCCUUCCAAAAACCUAACAAAACAAAAACAGUCUGGCACAAAGGUUAUGUGGAGUUUGACUUUAAACAACUUUACAAAUAUAAACCAGUUACAGACAAGUUACUGGACUAUCUUCAUAAUAACUCUAUGGUUUUAGAACUUUGGGGAAAACAAGUGAGUGAAGACGAGCAGUUACAUUCAAAUGGCAUGUUACAUGCAGAUACUGAAAAUGGAAACGUGUCGAAACAUCAUAAGGAAAAUUUAAAAGGGCAUUGGAUAGACCAUCGUGAUGAUGAAUUAAUGUAUAUGGAAGAUGAAGCUGAGAUGUUACGUGAAGAAUGUGAACAAAUUAAGAAGGAGAAUUUCAAACUAAAACAAACAUUGAUGAGAACAGAAGAAAAACUACGACUCAUUGAAAUGAGAGGUGGAAUGAAGCGUUCCGGUAGUAGAGACAGAAUCGCCUCCAGUAAAGCAGCGUCGUCUCAAACCGGUCUAGAUGUAGAUUUUGCUAAAGCAUUACGAGAUUUCUUUCAGGAAAUGAAAGAUAUACAAAAUGGUUUCAAAGACAUGCGAGAUUUUGUAUCUUCAACUAAAGACAAAAUGGGUGCUAAUGGAAUAAAACAAUCAUUCGAAAGGCACGAAAAUGCAAUAAAUACUGUAGAUAACAAAAUGACCGACUGUUUAGCUUCACUGAAGAAAAGUGCAGCCACUGCAUUGCGCAAAUCACGUUCAGAAAAAUGAUGACAUCUUUUGUGGUUUGGAACAUGUGAUAUAUUUAUUGUUCAACAUUGCGUUUUUUGAUAGGAUACAAAAUGAUGAAAUAUGUUGUCUUGUUGUUGACAUUUUGCAACAUCUCAAUCGUCAAUAAUUCAAGUAUUAUUAUAUAUGAAAAGGUAGAGAUAUUUCAACUGCUGUAAAUUGACAUCAAAUACAAGAAAAUAUAAUUAAAAGGUUGCACCUGUGAUAUAGGGUUUACAGAAUAUGUAUCUGGAUUUCCAUGAUGAGUAUAUACAAAAACUGGGCGGAUGAAGACAUUACAACAACACCUGAUCAUACUGAACUGCGUCGACACAGCUAAACAAUCUUGUUCAAUCAUAUUCAUGUACUGUAUGUCAUUAGUUUUUGACUUUUAGAUUUUAUGGGGGAGAAGGCAUUGCAAACGUUUCUGGUAUCUUAAUCGUAUAUUAUAUUCAUGAUCAAUAUUUAAGGAGUGUAAGCAUGGUGUUGUCUUCGAAGCAUGGUGUUGUCUUCGCCAAGUAAGGGGUCAAUUGUAUACGAGUUUGUUUGAUGUUUUCAUAAUAUAAUAUGUGUUUGAAAACUGCAAUACAUUGUAUGCUGAAUGCGAGUAUAUAUUUAUAAUAAAAACUUUAAGUGAAAGUAUUGAAAUUUAAAUAUAGAAAUAAUCAACGUACAUUUUGUAUUCAAAGUCAAACAAAUAAAUUAGUUCUAUGAAAUGGCAUUACAGUGUAUUACCUCUUUAUGUGAAUAGAAAAUACAAAAUGUUUAAUCAUU